AAGAGGGAGAGGCGAGGGGCCCGCUUUCCCUUGUCCAACACACCUCAGCCAGACGUGAAACCCGAAGCCACCAGUUCGAGCCCCGCCACCAUGUCUGAGAGCGACUGGGACACCGUGACAGUGCUCAGGAAGAAGCCCCAGAAGUCGUCGCAGCUGAAAAGUGAGCAGGCGGUGAACCAGGCAAGAAGAAGUGGUCUCCAGGUAGAAACCAGCUCCAAAUAUGGUGCCGCCUCCAACAAGCAACAUGGCACGUCCCUCAACACCGCCAAGCUUGACCGCGAGACCGAGGAGCUCAAACACGAGAAGGUGACGGUGGAUGUCGGUCACCUCAUACAGAAGGGCCGACAGUCUAAGGGGUGGACGCAGAAGGACUUGGCUACUUACAUCAAUGAGAAGCAGCAGGUCAUCCAGGAGUACGAGCAGGGAAAGGCCGUGCCAAAUCAGAAUGUCCUCGGAAAAAUAGAGAGGGCUAUCGGGAUUCGUCUGCGUGGCAAGGACAAGGGCCAGCCGUUACAGCCACCAGGGAGCAAGAAGAAGUAAGGCCUGACCAGCUUCCUUGGUUCAGCCGCGCCCUAUGCAGGAAGCUUGAUCAUUACAACUGGGCAGACCUGGCACUUCAGCUUUCAGUCUCUUCCUCGUCCUUAGAAACAACAUUCGUCUGUACUGGGCUUAACUGGAGUUGUGUGUUGCUGUGGUGAAGUAACUUGCUUUCAGUUUGUAUUUUUUAUAGACCUUUCCUCUUUGUAUGUAACUUGGUUUGGGGGGCAGUGCUUCCCGGCCCUCCCCAUGGAAGAAGAGUGUUAAAAAAUGAUAGUAACAUCGGACAGUUAUCCAGGACUGGGCAAUUGUAAAAGGUUUUCCUUCUGUGUUUUGUUGAAGAAGCAGUUUCUUGUUGAUUGACGAUAUGCAUUGUUAUUUCUCAAGCUUGGAAGUGUGUUACGAAAUCCUCUUGUCUUGUGCAAUGAAGUUUAUGUAGGUGUUCAUUUCAAUUGUUAUGGCUAGGUUAACUUAACUGACUUAAUCUAAAGUUUAGUGACCCUGACCACCAAAACAUAACUGUGCUCCCAUCGUAAUGAGGACCCCAUUGGUUGUUACGCUAGAUACUCUUUACUUGCAGAAAGGCAGGACAUGGUUCAUCAAGACGUGGUUAACAUGUUCAAUAGUCUCUUUACAUUUCUUGGCAUACUCAAGCGUUAAACCUUUUGUCAAUUUUCUAUGGUGUAUGCUGAAUAAACAUUCUGGUAGUUGA